AUGGCUCACACUACGAGGCCGGAUGGGCAGCUCAAUAUCAAUCUGUCGAGCUUGGCCCCAAUCACGGAGCCUCCUUCGGUUCCAACCACCAAAUCUCCCUUCGGUGGGACCAAAUCCUCCUCGGGGCUGGCAGGCCUGUCCAGUGCAAGAGUAGGAGCUGGUUCUCCCCUUCACGAACAAGCCUCUCGACUAUUUCCUAAGCGGACAAGAGAAUUGCAGUCACAGACUUCGCUGUCUCCUAACAUUUGGGGACCUCCCACCAGUGGAACCUCAACUCCGCUUUUUGAGAUUCCUGAAUCUCCCUCUCAAGAUGGGUUUCCUGACCUCGUUCCCCUGACCGAAACGGGAAUCAAUAGCCCCGCCAGGCGAGGUCGAGCCGGCACACUUCCUUCUCGGAUUUCUCCUGUUGGAACCGUCAAUGGCGUCAAUCUCCUGACCUCGAAGACAUCCCGACCUACACCGUCCUCCAGCCCCUUUCGACCCGGUUCCACGUCUGCUGCAGAGACGGCCUUUUACUCUACAACAUCGAACUCGGGAAGCUCCGGCAAUGCCGCGCUGUUGUCAAGGCUACGAGCGGGGAGCAUGCCUCAGCGAUCUUCCCUGCUUGGUUCCUCGAGCUCCUUUGGGCAGAACACCUUCAGUUCUAGUUGGGGCGCCAGAGCCCGGGCUGCCACUUUGACCAGUAUCAGUUCUGCAGAGGAUCCGGCCUCUCCCCAGCAACUAGGAUUCCCGAAAGAUGGAAUGUCAGAUUCAGGAGUUCGUACACUCGACUAUCUUGGCCUCGCAGAACCUCCGCAACAGUCAAGGACAGAUGCAACUCGCCAUGCCACGGACGACCCUUCUCGGCUUCCAGACGCAAGCUUGUCUGACGCACGUGGAAAUUACAGUAUGCGCAAUUCUUCCAGUCGUUUCCGGUCUUUCUCCGUCAACACGCAGCCCAAAUACGGGGCUGAAGGCCCAGAUGUUUCGUCAGGCUAUCCACUCUUCCCAAGUGGCACCUUGACCCCAUCGGCGGCGGCCGCUCUCGAGGCAGAAUAUGAACUUGUCCAAGAAAAGGUCCGGCUUCACAACCAGGCAGUUCAGGCUUUUGCCGUGAAUGCCAGCGCUGCACGUCCACGCGCCCGGACUGCUGGGCUUGUGGAAACUCCACAGCGUCCUUCACUUCGCACCUUGGUUCAAGCAACGCCAGAUGGAGCCCACGUGGGUUUCGACGUUCAGGGAACGAACGGCAUGGACGAACCUGGUCUCGCAGACGCACUCCAGAAUCUGAACAUGAGCGAAAACGUGCAAUUGUCGUACGACGGAAUGGACGACUCCGAAGUCCAAAUCUCGCGAUCUUUGUGGAUCGGCUCCAUCCCAAAUUCAACCACGAUGUCUUCCUUGGACGCCAUUUUCAGUCGAUAUGGCCCAAUUGAAUCGACUAGAGUCCUCACUCACAAAAACUGUGGCUUCGUCAAUUUUGAGACGGUCGAACAUGCCGUUCGUGCCCGUCAACUUCUGAAUGGAAAGGAGAUAUUCCCCGGUGCCGGCCCAGUUAGGAUUGGAUUUGCGAAAGCUCCCAAUGCCUCAGUGUCGCUGACCCCUGUACAAAAUGCCACCCCUCCGCCCGGGACAAAUGGCGUCACAGAUCCGGCCGCUGGUUCGCAGGUCAAGGAUGGACGCGGCAGCCCGACUGGUUCCACGAAUGCACAGCAGACCCUCAGCAUGCCUGCCCCGGAUCGCUUGACCGAGUUGCAACCUGAAAUCCUGCAGAUUGUCCUUGAUUUCGGUGGACAACAGUCUGAUCUACCCGUCAUUUCUGCCAAUAUCGAGAAUGCAAUCCGUUUCCAGCAGCUGGAGAAAGAAAUCCCCGCGAUUCCAGAGCCGAGCCCCACUCGAAUGUACGACGCCCCCCGACUGCGGGAUAUCCGCAAACGAAUUGACAAUGGAGCAUGUGGACUGCAAGAGAUUGAACAAAUCGCCAUUGACAUGUUACCGGAGAUUGCCGAGCUCUCUUCAGACUACUUGGGCAAUACCGUGGUUCAGAAACUGUUCGAAUUUUGUCCCGAACAAACCAAGGAGCAGAUGUUGUCUCGUAUAUCUCCUCACCUGGCUGAGAUCGGAGUGCAUAAAAACGGAACAUGGGCCGCUCAAAAGAUCAUCGAAGUCUGCAAGACCGAAACCCAAACUCGAAUGAUUGUCAAUUCCCUUCAUCCCUACACCGUUCCUCUUUUCCUUGAUCAAUAUGGCAACUAUGUCCUCCAAUGCUGUCUGCGAUUUGGGCCGCCAUACAAUGAUUUCAUUUUCGAAACCAUGCUCAGUCGGCUUUGGGAAAUCGCUCAGGGGCGAUUUGGUGCCAGAGCGAUGCGUGCUUGUUUAGAAGCCCAUCACGCUACCAAGAACCAACAGCGCAUGUUGGCUGCUGCGAUUGCCUUACACAGUGUUCAGCUCGCUCAGAAUGCUAACGGUGCCUUGUUGCUAACGUGGCUCCUCGACACUUGCACUUUUCCCCGACGGCGGUCUGUUUUGGCGCCAAGAUUGAUGCCCCAUCUUGUUCAGCUUUGCACCCACAAAGUGGCCUAUCUGACCGUGCUCAAGGUCAUCAACCAACGCAACGAACCCGAGGCCAGAGACAUGGUGUUGAAGGCUCUGUUCUUCAGCCCCCAUGACGGCAUCCUGGAGCAGAUUUUGUGCGAUCAAACGUCGGGUGUGACCUUGAUCUUUAAGAUUUUGACCACACCGUUCCUUGAUGACAACAUGAGGCCGGAAGUGGUGCAAAAUGUCUCCAAAGUCCUGACGAAGAUAAAGGCUCAGCCCAAUCAAGGCUACAAGAGAAUUAUGGAUGAAGUGGGUUUGUCCUCUCGACCUAAUCAACCGGCGACGCAACAGUUUCCGUCUCAUUCACACCCUCCCGUCAAUGACAGAGGCCGCCAAAUGUCUCAGCCGCAACAUGUUCCGGUCAAUGGAUUGCCACCGCAAAACUUUCAACGUCAAUUCAGUGGCAAUUUCGUACCCAACGUCAAUAGUAAUGCUUUCGAGAAUGGUAUGAGCCCUAUUCGAACGGGUUCGGCCGAUUCUUUUGGCUUCGCACCUUAUAACCUGAACGGCUUCCAGACACAGCAACCGUAUUCGCAACUUCCAUAUCAACAGAUGACACCUCAAUCUCAAUAUCAAAAUUAUCCCGGCCCCGCACAACGGUCGAAUAGUGGAUUUAUGCCCAAUGGCUAUGCUGGUUAUGCGACGCCACCUUCAUCUGUCGAUCCUUUCCGUACUUUACAGAAUCCAUCUUCGUCCCCUCUUUCGUUUUCUGCACAAAUGAGUCCGGUCAUUGGCUCGGCGCCAUUUCCUCCUCAGAAUUACCCGCAGAACGUGCCCAACAACAUGUACAAUUAUCCUCAACAACAAUUUUUCUUUUCACCACCAAUGCAAACCGUCCAUUCAGGAGGACGUGGUCGAAGGGUGGGUCAAUUUUGA